AUGGAGGCACGGCGAGGCAUAGCAGACCCGAAGAAGGGGCAGGAGCCGGGACCCGGUGCCUACUACGAGGGCGUCCCUGGGGAGGGCAGCGACCCGGGAUCCGAGCCGAGGAGAGUCCGCAAAGUCUUCCCUCCGAGCUCCUUCUUCAGAUCUACGGUGCCCAAGGACAUCAUGGUGGCGCAGUACCAGAAGGACGGCCAGGUCGGUCCUCCGCCGGGUGCGUACAGCCCGAAGAGUCACAAAGCCAUCGGUGCCGUGCAGCACGUGGCAUCCAAGGGCGAGGGCUUUGGCUCUGCCGCUGUCUCAGCAUCCGACGGCUAA